ACGCGCCCCUGCAAUUUUGCUAAGUGUAUUAAAUUGUGAUUACUUACUCAACCGCGUUCAAUGCGCUGGCAGCGCCCGAUCCGCAGCGCUCUUUAGUUGGUAACACAGGCGAUAGAGUACAGCACUGGCGGACAACUGAUUGACUGAGUCAACCGGGGGAAAGAGACAAGUCUAAGAUAACGCACGUCUAGGGUUGGGUAGACACUCAAAGUUUCCCUAAGCGAUCGGCAUAAACAGGCGAUACCAGAAAAAAGCGGCAGUGCCUCAUUCAAGUUGACAAUUACGUUCCAAGUGGGCAGCUGACGAGUACCACUCGGCAAUACACGCAUAAUACACUCUGGUUUCUGUCGUACACACACGCACUCAUCUGCCCCAGGUCCAUUGUAUUUUGUCGAUGUUUUAGUUAUCAAGUUAUAAAGGCAUAAGUAGCCCGGACGCGCCCGGACGUUCGCCACUCGGUGACCUCUUUGUCAGACGUGUCACAACUCGGCACAGGAGAAAGGCGCAUCUCUCGCCUCAUCUGAUUAGAUCAUCGGAGUCACUCCAUCAUUCCGUCUCCCCCUCACUCGCUGUCUCCGUCCUUCGUCUCUCAAGCCGGUCUUAACUCGCAAAGAACUUCGGGAGGAAGGAGGAGGACAAGAAGACGAAGAAGUACAACCAGGAGAAGUGAGCGGUCGAAAUAUCUUUACCGGACAGGAUGGAUUACUCCUCGUAUCUGGGCCAGAACGCGUACGAGUCAUGCCUGAGCGGGGUGGAGGGGACUGGACUGGGUAUCCAGACCUCAUACGGCGAGUUCCCCGGCGCCGUCAGCUCUCAGCCCAGCCAGGGCUACCCCUACAGCAGUUUAAGGCCGUCGGUCAGCUACGGUAGCGGUGCUGGUGGCAUGCCCGGCACCUGUAACCUCGCCUCCAUGAUGGACCAUCAGCAGGUCCCCCAGUGCUCCCCAUACUCCGGAGCCUACCGCAGUGGUCGAUCGCCGUCAUCUCAACAGUAUGCUGGGGUGCCUUACAUGCACCGUAUCCUCCACGAAGGGGCAACCACCAACGGCUUGCACGAGAAGCGAAAACAGAGGAGGAUUCGAACCACCUUCACCAGCGCCCAGCUCAAGGAGCUCGAGAAGGCGUUCCAGGAGACCCACUAUCCGGACAUUUACAAGAGGGAAGAACUAGCGCUCAAGACGGACCUCACCGAGGCCAGAGUACAGGUAUGGUUCCAGAACCGAAGGGCCAAAUUCCGCAAAACAGAGAGAGCUAACACCGCUGCAGCCAACGCAACGACAAACAACAAUAACAACAACACAACCAACAAUAGUAACCGCAACACCAACAACGACAGCACGACCAACAGCAACGCCAACGACGCCACGGGCGGCACACCACAGGGUAACCACGGCAGCGGCCAGACGGGUGGACAGACCACGGCGCAAACGGCGGUGAAAAGCGUCAGUGCCGCCACGCCCACCAAGAAGAGGAAGGGUGACGAAUCCUCGCCGGUGAUCACCACCAACGGGAACGUCUCGACCGCUACGCCAACAGGUUUAACCAGCACACCCAGCGGCGUCAGUACCACCACGCCCCUGACCACGCCCUGGACCGGCACCACGUCUACCACCCAGGCCAUCCACGGGCCCUAUUCGACCAUCUUCCCCACUUUGCCUCACGUGAGCCACGCUCCCAUCAAGUCGUCUCACAUGAAGGGGCCGUCCCACGCCUCGCUAUUCCCCCUCAAUUACUGACUGCAGCUCGCGGCAGCGGCCGGGCCGCCGGCGUAGGCCGCACAGACGGGAAAUUCCGACUGCCACCUCCACCGUGCACAAAAACCAAAUUGAUUGUGUUUUCUGGAGCCCUCACCUUGUGCACGAAGUCAUUGUUUUGUUUCUGAUGUUCUACAAAGUCAUUUUGUAAACGGCCCUGCAAACUCCUAGUUCGGCUUUGUUAUCGUGCCUACGGUAUAAAAAACUCUUUCCUUCACUUGAGAAAAAGCCUGUGUCCUGCCAGUCAUCUUCUCAGGACCAUUGAUUUUGAAAUUGUGCGAUUCAUCGUGAGCAUGAAGGACUGUUUUCAACGCGAAAAAAAUGAACAAAUAAAUAGCGUGCAAUGGACAACAGCACCGUUCGCUUAAGUGAAAGUCUUCGACAAAGUAUAGGUCUGAAACCUGGACGUCUGUUUAUCUUGCAUUAUGCAGACACCCGUUAACCAGAACUAUGAUGUGCUAGGAGGGGCGCUGUACAAAGAACGUGUCGGAAUUAAACGUCGAUUCUAUCUACCUUCAAUAGUUAUUUUGUAUAAAUAGAGGUAAAUACUUUGUGCAAUGUUAUACGAUUUAAAACUCAGUCCAGGUUGCUGACGUCUAAUUUUUUUAUGUUAACACACAGACUUGCCACACGUACUUAUAUGUUUCAACCAGUGCCAAAAAUGUGAUUUUCUAGGAAUUUAGUCAAGGUGUAUACAUUGUAGUUAGAUUUCACAUUUUCUUUGAUACGGUACAAUUUGGUGCACAUUACUGCACUGUCUCAUAGCCUAGUAAUACAAAAAUUCCAGCAUUUCACCACAUGGUAGACGUUUUCAAUAAAAAAACUCAUUGAUUUAGAGCAUACGAAAUUUUUCCAAAGGGUCAUCACCAAACAUCUUUUUAAAGCGGACCUUAGUCGACUAAUAAUAGUAAGGUUAUGGGUUUUAUUCACUCCCAUGUUUGCUUUGAAUAAGAAGCAGAUUUUGCGAUUUAUAUUUCACAUUUUAAAGCGAGGCACACAGCCUCUAAUCGUGUUUCAGUGCAACAGACUGUAGUGUCUCGGCCAUGUUUGGGCGGAGCAAAAACUAUAAACAUGUUGACAAACUCUGGAUUAAUAUUUUCGAUUAAUUGAAUGGGGGCUCAAAAUGUGGCUCAAAAGUACGCCACAAUGUUGAGCCGCUGUUGUAUAACUCAGCCUUUUUGAGGACGCUAGUUUGAAAAGAAGACCCAAAGUUAUACCGAACUCAAGGAGAACAUAAUUCGUUGCCUGAAAAUGACGCAGAAAAGAAGUUAAUUUUUGUAUCCUGUACAUAGGGCCACAGCUGUGCUACGCUCAGUCCGUACUGACACGUACCAUAAAGCGAGAUGUUACACGGAGCAGAAUUCUUAAUGCACACAGCGUCCAUCAUCUUGACAGAAUUCACCAAGUUGAGAAAGUGAGUGGAAGUCGCCACCUCAUUUCUGCCUCGAAGUGAAUGUCUCGGGAGAUCCAACCUGCCGAUCGGAUUGACACAUAAUGAAUUUUAAUUGGAGAGUUCAUUCAACUUCGCCGUGGAAACUACACCUUUAAUCCGCAGGCGCUGAAACCCUGCGGCCGGGCGCUUUAAUUGCUGAUUAAGAAAAGUGGCAACGACCGAGGAAUCGUGGCUGUUAUCUUCAGCUGUCGUUAAAUCCAGUCAUUUUCAUUGGGAAUUUUCCUUAUUUUCAGACGCGGGUCAUACACUGUAAAAACUCUGGUGUUAAAAUCAACACUUUUUGGUGUUAUCAGAUGACCACACCAUAGGGUGUUACUUUAACACCGCUGGUGUUUAUUUGUACACCAUGAGUGUUGCAAUACACUGGAGGGUGUUAAAGGUAACACCAAAUAACACAAAUUUUUUAACACCAGUGAAAAAGUGUUGAUGACAUCGGGGGUGUUAAAUUUAGCACCCCAGUUUUUGCAGUGUAGCUUUAUUGCUUUUCGCAGUCUGCACUUUUUCACCCGUCACUUUUUCUAUUGUGCAUAAGCUGUGUGUGGUGUAAAAUCUCUGAUCCCAUACAGUUUUGCAGUCAACAACAAAAUGAGCCGGUUACCACAAAUGGAACUUUUGGUUUAUGUCUAGCAUCGGUAUCAGACGGGAGAGCCAACAAAAACAGUUCCAAUCUUACACCGCAGUUUCAGUAGUGUUCAAACCAGGGUGUAAAAUAAACACAGUAGUUGAAAUUAACACAUAGUUUUUCAUUGUGCGAUAGAAAACCAAAAUUAAGUUUUCUUUUUAUUGGCAAGUACAACGCGAACGUCAGCAAUGAAUGCGUGAUGGGCAGACCUUGUUUUAGAAAAACAACAUGGUGUCAAAUAAAUUGCACACAGUGUAGACCUAUGAUGUAUGCAUGCUGGAAAUGUCUUCACGCAUGCUGUGGGUUUUUGCAUCGACGCAUGAGAUUGUUGAUAAGAUCUUAGGGAAGUAAAACACGGAUCCCGGUACACUUUUGGCAAACGAUUAGGCUAGGCUGCUCAGCGUCAAUGGGCAAGUAGAGUGUUCUAAACAUCCGAAGUCCUUAGGCGACGGAUCUUUCAGGGUAUUACUUUCAAGUGGUAUUUUUUUUUUUAGAUAUUGAGCCGGGGACCUUUUUGCUGUCCAAAGCAAUGACAACCAUAUCAGAUGUUAGAGUCAAUCUAGCUUAAAAUGGGCCUUGGGGAUAUGCCGAGUAUCGGGUGAUGAUCGCUUCUGAGUGAUAACAGAUCUGGUGUUGUUUAAGAGUAACUGUUGUGCUCAACUCUCGGGGGGGGGGGUAAUUUCUUUAUGUUUUUAAUUUCUUUUUGAUUCACCUUGUGUUUUAAAUCAUCGAGAUAUCCGGCUCUCGCACAGUCUAUUCACAGUACAGUCGCCAGAGCAUGAAAAAUGUAUAACCAUCAGUUGGAGUUCCUGACUCGUUCCGAGCAGAACGUAGCACGGCAGCAACAGUGCACAGCUGUAUCAAAUGCCAGCGUUUACACGCCGACGGUAGGGAGUAUCUCACUGAUACGGCAGAUUUGUCUCGCACAGUUCCAGCAUAUUAGGAAUCUUAAAGGAAGGAGUUUAUCAUUCUGAUGUAAUGAACAAACUGUCCAGCGGCAAUGUAGUGCUGAGUGUAUGGAAUCGCCGUAACCCAACACGCCAAGCGACCCUUCGCACCAUUAUCGCCGGGCACAAUGAGACAUUGAACCGCUCGUGUCGACUGGCAAUCUUGCAGGCGAUACUACACUCAAUCUCGCUCGCUUUCUCUCUCUUUUGCGUUAUUGGUCGUGAGAUUUUCCCGCCAAAACGUGUCCACCGGCGAUUUGUGUCUUUUUCUGCUACGGAGACCGAGAAAUUGCCGAGACACCUAGUCAAUUGAUCCACUGACUUAAGGGGUAGUAAAUUAAGGUAAUGAAGUUUGGCGGUGAUGAGCCGUUAAAUCGCUGGAGGGCGGAGCUCUGAACAUUUCUUUUUCGUUUGAUUUCCAUGUUCAUUUUUGGCACCUUUUUGUAUUGAAACUUUGAUAAAAAAUAGCACAGACAAGCUUGGGGAUAUAACGUGCGAUCCGGAGUGUGUUCAAGUGAUUUUAACUUAACACGUUCUGAACAUACAUAAACUUCUUAUUGUUUGUAGGGUAAAUUCAACACGCAGGUAUGUAAUGUAAUAUUUCAAAGUUUAUGUAGAUGUGAAAAUGAGUUUAAAGAUUAUGGUUUUAAAAGGACUCUGUGAGCCCUGUGCUGGUUCAAUUACUAACUGUGUAAACGAAUAGUGUCUGGAUUGGCCGGAGUUUUGAAGCUGAAAAUGUAUCACUUGACGGGGAUAACAAUGCGAAAAGAUACCGACGGAAAUUCUUAAACGAUCGACAUUUACUGGUCACGAUGUUCGACUCGGCUGGCCAAGAACGUUUUGGUUCGACAAAUUUGUUACUUUUUAUUGAAUUUUGUCGUAGUUUCAGUUCACGACAAUGGGACAAUGAAUGUGAACGGCAAAUGAUGAUAUUCUCUACCUAUUCACUGCAUUAUUUGUAUAUAAUUCGUACGUUUUGAGGGCUUAGGAAGAUCCUGUAUCAUAUAGAAUUCUGUAUAAUUAGACAGGUUGAAGUUCGUGCUGAUGGAUUGGACAUAUUUGCAGAUUUUAGAAAUGUUUAAAGUUAUGUUGAUUUGGGUCAAAUUGCAAGACGAUGUGACAUAUUAAUGUGGUGGAUUAAAACCAAGAAUGCAUAUACGUGCACUUGGCACCAACA